UGUUUGUUUGUUUGUUUGUGUGCUUCAGCAUCCUUGAUGUCGGACUGUGAGUGUCUCCUUUCGGACAUUACGCACCACGCCGCAAACAGCUUUAGCAAUCCGGUUGUGCAAAACAUCCAAACAAACUGAACAUCUGAAAAGGGAGAAUUAAACAUUAUAUUUCUCUUUUUAAUUUCCUAAUUUUUUGGAUGAACUUGAUGACACGACAAAAAUUGAUUUGGAACAUGCAUCCGAGCAGGCUUUCCAUCCUUGUUUUCGACAUCUCAAGAGUCCUGCAGAAGAGAGCUGAAAAGGUUGAUGCAAAGCAGCAAGUUUUCAUUCUUGUAGUUUGUGCAAUUUCUGUCUAAAAUCCAGUCCUGUUCAGAUUUGCUUAGUUCAGCUCAGCUUUUGUGCACAAAUAUCUUGGAUGCAGCAGUUAUUUCAGAGAAUAUGCAGUUGAAUGUUUUUGUGGAUGCCAGAUGACUUUUUUUUUCUGUUUAAACUAAGACAUUUGGACAUGCACUUAAAUUUGGACGGGAAUUUUUGGUUCUCCACGAUCCGGAGAAACAUGUUGCACAUCCUGCUGCUGCAGUCAGUGGUGUUACUUUGGGGAGGGUAAAAUUGAAAGAGGGCGUGGCGUUCCUGGGAGCACGACCCAGCAACCCCACUCAGUGGAUGGUAAGCCAGGACUUGAGGAGUGAAGGCCAUCGAGUGGUAACCCUCCACUGCCACAGAAAGGAGUCCACCUACGAUCAGCAAAGAUCUGAGAUGGGAGCUCAGAGGGUGCUCCAGGUGGAUCUGAAAAUGGAAAGCUUCCCAGAGCCGACAGGCAGCCGCUGGAUGGCCUGGCAAGUAGAGUACCCGGCCAGUCGUGCCACCACACAAGAGGUUGAGACAGAGAUCCGCCUGGCCCAGGAGGAGCUGGCAGGCAUUGUGCCUUUGGCCAUGGACACCGAGAUUCUGAACACUGCUGUCCUGACUGGGAAGACAGUAGCUGUUCCAGUAAAGGUAGUGACCAUCGGAACAGAUGCCUCUGUCACUGAUGUCUCUGAAUCGGUGAAAUGCCGCUCGACAGAUGAGGACGUGGUGAAGGUGUCUGACAGGUGCGACUACGUUUUUGUGAAUGGCAAGGAGAUGAAGGGCAAGGUGAAGAUGAUGGUGAAUUUCACUUACGGGUACCUGGGCGCUCAGCUGGAGCUCUGCGUGUGGAUCCCUCGUCUCCCCCUCCAGAUUGAGGUGUCGGACAUGGAGCUGAGCCAGAUCAAAGGGUGGAGGGUGCCCAUCGCAGCCACGGGUCAGAGGUCCACAUGGGACAGCGAGGAUAAGGAUGAUGAGGACAGGCGAGGACGGAGCUGCACUCUGCAAUACCAACAUGCUAUGGUCAAAGUCCUGACCCAUUUUAUAGCUGAGUCAGCGGAACCACGAGGUCAGACCACCUUCAUGCUGGGCACCGACUGGCAGGUGGACAUCACGGAGCUUGUAGGGGAUUUUCUGAAGGUAGUAAACCCCCAGAUAGCAAAGCUGCUUGACAGUCGGAUCCUGGUUGGACAAGACACAGGAAUAACCAGUAUCCAGGUUUUGUCCCCCCUGUCGGACACAAUCCUGGCAGAGAAAACAGUCACAGUGCUGGAUGACAAAGUGACCAUCACGGAGCUGGGGGUCCAGCUCGUGACGGGACUGUCUAUGGGUCUGCAGUUAAGUCCAGGAAGCAACCGGGCCAUCCUGGCUACUACCAGCACACAGGAAGUUCUGCAGAACCCCAAACAGGAAGCCUUGAUCAGCGCCUGGCUCCAGUUCAGUGAUGGCUCUCUGGCUCCUUUGGAUCUCUAUAAUCCCGACUUCUUUGUGCUGACAGCCACGUCCCUAGAUGAGGAGGUGGUGACUGUGCAGCAGGACCCCUCGUGGAAAUGGCCUGUCAUUGUGACGGAGGCGGAGGGUCAAGGUUUGCUCGUCAGGGUGGAAAUGAGUGUUUGCGAAGUUUGCCAGAAGUUUAAGCGCCGCAGCGUCCUGGGAACAGGAAACUGUAACGUCAGGGUGAAGUUCGGUCCCAGUGACAGCUCAAGGGGAGGGAGCAAUGACUAUGGCCCGGAUGCAGAUGACAUGGAGAACCGGGGCAGGCUCUCGUCACAGGACAGGACCGGUCUUGAUACCCACUACUAUGGCAGCUCCAUAUCUGACAUAGAGGACGGGGUGUUGAGGAGAGCGACCACAACUAGAAGUGCUAUAAUACGGAGACCUAAACUUUCUGACGAUGGUGGCCAAAACAUGCCGAUUGACUUUGCAGACUUUCCUGCUCAAGUAGAUCUGCCUCAUGGGCGCAACACGGAUGAUGACCUCAUGCACGGCGGUCGCGGACUCACCGACCUGGAGAUUGGCAUGUAUGCCUUGCUCGGCGUCUUCUGCCUUGCCAUCCUGGUGUUUCUUAUUAAUUGCGUUUCUUACACUCUCAAAUACCGCCACAAGGAGCUCUCCAUCGAGGGCCAGGAGAACUUGAACCACGCCCAUGACUGGGUGUGGCUCGGGAACGAGGCGGAGCUGCUGGAGAGCCAGAUCAGCUUGUCGCCUCAGCAGGAGGAGCAGACGUCGAUGAUAGACUCCAGCAGCGGCCUGGAGGAGGGCAGCCACCUGCUGAAUGGAGGCUCCGUGCAGAAGAACGUGCAGGGACAGGUGCACCGGGCAGCGGACACGGCGAAGGACGGCAAGGGAGACUCCCCUACCACAAAGAGGAAAAGAGUGAAGUUUACCACCUUCACCACUCUUUCUUCAGACAAUUGCCACCCGGCUGUUAACACACUCACAGGAAGUCACAGCCAGGACAUUAAGUGGGUGUGCCAGGACGUGCAGUUGGGAGACUCAAAGGAGUUGCGUAGUUACAUGGAAAGGUUAAAUGACAGUGCUUUAAAAGAGGUGGCAUAAUGUACACUGUACCCUUGCUACAAACUCACCCUUUUGCCUUUCAGAGGAAAGUGGGUCUCAGCAGACCAGUGUCUGGGGAAAGAGGACAAAGUUUAACCACAGAAUCACCUCAAACUGCCAAAGGGUCUUCAAAGUAAAGAAGAUGGGUGUAAAACCACCCAUUAAAACAAAAAAAAAUAAUAUCAAUACAAGGCAAUCAGGUGGAUCCUUUCCCUUUUAGUUUAUCAGAUGAUAAUCUUUUUAUCGUUGUUUUGUUAAUGCAGGAUUUAGAACACAGUAACCCAGGAUGGAUGUGACAUUCAAGUGACAGAUAAUUUUUAAAAUAAACACUACCACAGCUAGAUAGAUGUUCAGAACAUGUGCGCACAUCAAAUCGUUUUGGAAGUUUCGUAUUGCUUUGGAUACGUGUUUCAUGCAACUCAUCCCCAAUCAAUGGAAGAGUUCUGGACAAAAGCGAGCCAAGACUAGCUGCUGCAUGUUGUUGGUAACAAGAAAAAAAAAAAGGCACAAAUUUUCAAUUCUUUCUUAUCCCCCUAAGCAAGGCAGAAAACCUGUUAUGUACAAACCGAAUAUUCUCCAAAUCAUUGUAUUGUUGCUCUGUAUAUUGUAUUUUCAUAACAAUUAAGGAAUACACGACAAUGUCAAGAG